CAGAAGCCUAUGCCGGACGAACAUGAUGUUUUGGGGCUUGUAAAUUGGAUCCAUCUCCGAUAUCACACAACCUGAUGCCAUUCAUCGCGCCUACUCUCUCACCUUAUCCAUGUUUUAUGUCCUUCCUUCUUCAUUCAGAAACAAUAAUGAUGAAUCAUGUGUGCUGGUCAAGUGCUGCUUAGCUGUAUAAAUCAUGCUUGCUGAACCAUUUCAAUUAAGAUGGCUCAUUCUAUUCUGAGAUCAUUUUUAAAGUUCCCAAGCGGUGGCGUCUGCAGUUUCACAAAGCCUGCUUGUGCUUACUCGUGUUGGCAUGUCAGUUUUUACAUUAAUAGGCGAGCUAAUAAGAGUAGGAUUUCGGAUGGAGUAACAAGUUUCCAGUUUGUUAAAGAAGCUUGUAUUAGAAGGUAUCCCAGUGGAGCUAUUGUGGCAUGCUCUAGAAACUACAAUUCAAAUGUUACUAGUACUUUUGAGGCUGUUGAUGGUGGCGAGUACCUAGCAAUGACAGAUGAGAAGCUAAUGAGUCAGUGCGAGAUGGAUACAUUUAAGGUAUCAGGUCCAGGGGGACAGCACCGCAACAAGCGUGAGUCUGCUGUGCGUCUCAAGCAUAUUCCAACAGGAAUCACAGCUCAGGCAUCAGAGGAUAGAUCCCAACACAAAAAUCGGGCAGCAGCACUUUCUCGUUUGCGCAAACUUUUAGCUCUCAGAGUUAGGAACACUAUCGACCUUGAAACCUACGUACCUCCUCCAGAACUUGUUCAGAUCCUUCCAACGAAGUCCACUAUCAGAUUGGACAAGGGGUCUCAGAUUGGACCGAAUAACCCCAAAUUUGCUCUGGGAAUGCAAGCUUUGAUUGACCUUAUAUUUGCAGUUGGAGGUUCUGUUUCAGAUGCUGCAAAGAAAUUAGGAAGUCCUAGAGUCUUCCGUCUGAUGACCGUUAGGUUGAGCACUGGAGCUUUAUCACGGUUGAUAUUAUCUGAUGAUUCUCUUCGACAAGCCGUCAAUGAAUUCAGGGUUGAAAAGGGUAUGAAGCCUCUCAAGUAGGACUCUCACCAGACAGCCAAAUGUUUUGAGGAAGCAAUGAUUAGCCAAUGUUGAAUCAAUGAGGCUACAACACAGAAUCUUGCAAGAAAGGGUAUAAUGCUAAAGGACCCGCGUUUCUUUUAGAUGUAAAACUGUAGCCUAGAAACUCAUGUUCUUAAGAAAAAAUGUGCACAAUGUUUGGAUUAGUUUGGUUGUAUUUGUUUAUUAUAUUAUUGCUUUUUAAUAUUUCUCUAAUAAAUUCUUAAAUCUUUUUAA